AUGGCGGCGGAUGGAGCCACGAAGGAACCAGAAUGUGAGGAUAUGAUGUCCACAAGCGGAAUUUCCAAGCGUCAGGGCUCCAAAGUUGUAGCGGAAAGACUGCAAAAGUACCGAAAAUUAGUCAGCUCCUCCACUAGUGCUAACACUAAGCGAAAGAGACGGAUUUCCACUUCGACCCAGGGAGACACUUCAGCGAGGACCAAGAACUGGCAGUCAUCCGAUGAUCCAAAGAGCUUAGAGAGCCGUCUGGCGGCUAUCAGGCAAACGCACAACGCUGUUCUUCAAGGCAUUGAGAUUGCACAAGAUAACAUGAUCAAAAUGAUGCAAGGUGACACAAAGCUACCCGUUGGAUGCUAG